GCUCACGCUUGUUGUUUCCACGUUUCAUUGCGUUUCAUUCAAGUGAAAGGAAGAGGAGCUGUUUUGGUCACAAUUUUACCGAUACCGGUUUCCCUGAUUUCGUACAUUGCAUCGAAUGUUUGGUGUCACCUUUGGCACAGUCGUGAAACGAAUAUUCUCCUUGCCACGCUUAGUGAAAAUGAGUGACCUGCAGCGCAUUCUAUCCAACAACAAGGCGGCAGAGGAGCUGCUCGAGUCGCUCAAGCAGGAGCUGAAAACAAUAAAAAAUGAACAAGUGGAACGCAAGAUUGCUGUACUGCAGGCGGAAAAUGAAAAGCUCCGGCGACAGGUGAAUGGUUGCCUGAAGAAAUUGGUAACGUUGGAGAUGGCUCACGGCAAGGUACAGAUUCCGGUUCCGACACCGGAGGAGGUACGGGCUGGCAGUGGCCCAGCGACGGUAAAGAUGGAACCCAUUGCUCAACAACCGGUGGCUAAGGAAUCUCCCAAGGAAGCAUCGCCGAAGGUACAGCAGCAACAGCAGCAGCAGAACGAAAGUAAGCCGCCAAAGGAAAAGAAACCUAAGAAGGAAAAACCAGCCGGCGAGGCCAAACAGGGUGGUGCACCUGCCGUCGAGGAACCGCCAGUCGAUGUGGGACGGUUGGAUAUGCGUGUCGGACGAAUCGUGUCAGUUUCGCGCCAUCCCGAUGCGGACAGUCUGUACGUAGAGAAGAUUGAUUGCGGCGAACCAAAUGGUCCGCGUACCGUCAUUUCCGGGCUUGUGAAGUAUGUGCCGAUAGAGCAGAUGCAGGACCGCAUGGUAGUGGCGCUGUGCAAUCUAAAACCAGCUAAAAUGCGCGGCAUUCUAUCGGAAGCGAUGGUGAUGUGCGCUUCGUCACCGGAUGGGGCAGAAAUUCUAGCGCCACCGGAGGGUGCCGUACCGGGAGAUUUGGUACACGUUGAAGGAUACCCGCGCGUACCGGAUGUGGUGAUGAAUCCGAAGAAGAAAAUCUUCGAAACCGUUGCACCAGAUUUGAAAACGAACGGCGAGCUUGUGGCAUGCUACAAGGAAGGAUCGUUCGUUGUACCCGGCAAGGGGACGGUUAAAGCACAAACGCUGAAAAACGUACAAGUAAAGUAAUUUGUUGCCACCCAGACUCAUAUUUCUUUAAUAAAAAAAAAGUUUGUUAGAACCUUGACCGAAGCUAAAAAGGAAUCCUCGU